AUGGGGCAAUCGAGGAAGGACGCUGGGGAGGAACAGCGCGUGGUGCGGGCUGUGGGCAAUGAGGAGCUAGUAGACGACGGCGGGUUCGUGUUCCGGCGGGCCGCCGCUGGCGCGGCGGCGCCUGAUGCAGCUGCGGCUGGCGGAUCCGCGGCCCGCGCGGGCGCACGGGACCCUGCGGGCGGAGAGCAGGCGGCGGAUCUAGCGGACGUACCGGAGGCGUACCGCGAGGCGUUGCGGGCCGUGCCGGACGACGCACAGGGCGCUGCCCGCGUGGUGCACCUCUGCAAGUCCCUGGCGGCCAAAGUCCGGCAAGACGUCCUCCAGUACGAAGCACAGCUGCCAGACGAGUACUACGCGACGGUGAAGCAAGCGUACAACACGGUCCUCGACGCAUGGCUCGCGAAGGUCGAGCAGCUCGCCGCAGACGAGCAGAUCCUGAUGCCGGGCGACAUCGAGGCUGGCAGCGACGUGGCGCUCGGAGACGCCGAGAGCCGCCGCGCGAUGCUCGUCGGCCUCAGGGACCGCCUCCUCAACGAGGAGCGCGAGUGGCAGAGCCUGAAGGCCGCCGCCGCGGCCCAGGGCGCCGUCGGCGGCGCCCCCCGCCCAACAUCUCUCGCGGCGGGCCCCGAGCUGAAAGCGGCGGUCGACGCCGCCCUGGAGCGCGCCCGGGCGAGGUCGGUGGCGGGGAAGCUCGACGAGGCGCUGGGGGACGCGCUGCGGAAGCUGUCGCUGCAGGUCGACGCGUUGGCGGCGCUGGUGGACGGUGCGGAGGGUCUCGCGACGCAGGCGGAGCGGGCGUGCGCGCUGAUGCAGUCGGAGCUACGCGGGGCGGCGUUCGCGCACCUGGCGCACGUGGACUCGCCGCUGGCGCUGAUCCGCGCGGCCGUGCGCGGCGGAGGCGCGCCGCCGCGGGAGGGGUGA